UUCGUAGUUUAUUUACUAUGGCUUACAUUAAAACAAUUGGGGAUUUAGCCGCGUUCAAUAAGCUUAUUGCAUCGCCAAAAUUGACAGUUGUUGAUUAUCAUGCGACAUGGUGUGGUCCAUGUCAAACGAUCGCGCCAGUUUUUCAACAAUUGAGUACGCAAUUUAAGCAUGUAAACUUUGCAAAGGUCGAUGUUGAUCAUGUUAAAGAAGUCGCGACCAAGGAGGGUGUUACUUCAAUGCCAACUUUCAAAUUUUACAAAAAUGGAAAUGAAAUUGCGAAAUUAACUGGCGCUAACCCUGGCGGACUCAAAAACUUGAUCGAACAACAUGCUGGUACUCCUGAAGAGGGUGGAUCAGGCUCUUUGAAUGUUCAAGGUCAUACGGAUAUCAACGAAUUUAUUACACUGAAACAAGUUGAUUGUCUUAAUCAACAAGAAAAAAAUAAUGUUAGAAAUAUCUUUGAUAAAAAUGACAUGUAUUUGGAGUCCGAUGUUGAUGAACAACUUUUGAUCUCUAUUCCUUUUAAUCAAGCCGUAAAGAUUCAUUCAAUAAAACUCGUUCCAAGAGACAUGGAACAUGCCCCAAAGACAAUCAAGAUUUACGCCAACAGAUUAAACAUUGGAUUUGACGAAACAGAUUCAAUCGAAGAGACGCAAAGCAUCAAUUUGACUAAAACGGAUUAUGAGAAAAAUGAUAUUAUUCCUUUGAGAUUUGUUAAGUUCCAAAGUAUCACAAAUAUUGCUUUAUUUGUAAUGGAUAAUUUAGAGGAUGAAGAGACAACCAUUAUCAAGGAAUUGCGUUUCAUUGGAUCUCCGGUGGAGACAACCAAUAUGGAACAAUUGAAAAAAAUAGAACAAUAAAUGAUUGUAUAAGACUUUAUUUAACGGUGUAAACCGUUUUUAUUUUACCUCAACUUUUCAUUGUUUCUGAAUAUGAUCAAAUCUUACCUUACUAUACAAUUAAAAUGUUUUAAUUUAUCAUGUAUUAUGUAUUAUAAAGAUGGAUUAAUAAAGUAUCGAUCUGUCUACAAAAAAGUAGUUAGAGGUUCUCUUUAUGUGAGUACGAAAAGGCGUCUAUACAGAUUGUUAUUACUCCAAUUACUAUUUCAAAAGCUAAAAAAAAGGACAAAUUAAUUAAACUUAGUCAGAAAUCUAAAUUUAUAUAUAUUAUAUAUUUACCAAUUAGGACAAUGACAAUCCAU